AUGAACGCAGAUACGUGCGUUUCAUACUGUGAUAUGACAUCCAUGGAUUCAUAUUAUAACACGCCUUCGCCACACGGUAGGGAUCAGCAACCAUCGGAUCCCUUCAGAAUAUUCCAACCGAGUGAAACCAAAUACAGCCCAACGUUCCUACCUAAAGGACCACAGGGUUACGAGGAGAAGUCUCCGAGUCCUUUCCAACAGGGGUGCCAGUCACUGGAUGACGGCACAGAGGAGGUCAACAACUUCAACAAAUACCACCUCUUCAUGCAACGACCAACCUGCAAAACACCCCCGGAAGGCGAAAAACUCCACCAGGAAAGCGGAGGACACAGCGACGCGCUCAUCCCCUGCUAUGCCAAAGACAACGGCGGUCUAACCGAAUCUGAGCUGGCCUCAAACACCGACUCUCCCGGGAUGGAAGGUUCCUACCUGAACCUGAAGGAACCAGGGUUAGGGGUCAGAGGUCAGGGCUCCGGCCACCUCUCCAGUCUCGUGGACAAAGGGAGCGAGGCAGCAGACAGCAACAAGGGAAAGAAGAGACGUAACCGCACCACGUUCACCUCCUACCAGCUGGAGGAACUAGAGAAGGUGUUUCAGAAGACGCACUAUCCUGACGUCUACGUUAGAGAACAACUGGCGUUGAGGACCGAUCUGACAGAGGCUAGAGUACAGGUGUGGUUCCAGAACCGACGUGCUAAGUGGAGGAAGAGGGAGAGGUUUGGUCAGAUGCAGCAGGUCAGGACUCACUUCUCUACUGCCUACGAGCUACCCCUCCUCACCAGACCAGAGAACUACACCCAGAUCCAGAACCCAUCGUGGCUAGGUGGGGGCAGCGGUGUCUCUCCUGUACCUGGCUGCGUGGUGCCCUGUGACGGGUCAGUCACCUCCUGCAUGCCUCCCCACCCCCACCCACACGGAGGGGUCUCCGACUACCUAGGCGUGCCCAGCCCGGGCGUAGUGGGUCAUGAGGGUCACAUGGGACAGACACACAUGGGAAGUCUCUUUGGGGCUGGGGGAAUGGGCGGAGGGAGUGGAGGUCUCAAUGGUUACGACCUGACCGGUGUCGACCCAGACAGAAAGUCUUCUAGUAUCGCGGCGCUGCGUAUGAAAGCUAAGGAACACAGCGCUGCCAUCUCCUGGAACACAUGAUGCUAUGGGAUUGUUCCUGGGCCUGGCCCCACCCUGGUCAGACACGCCCUAACCCUGCCUCCAUACUUUCCUGAACCUGGACAAGGCCAUGCCCAGUACUGGGGAGGAGGAGGAGGAGGAGGAAGACCAGGAUGGGACUACGACUACGCCACCUGAUAGCACUAAUAAUACCAAAGCAGGUGAAAAUGAAUGAAUGAACUACAACCCCCGAGACGAUAGGAGAGACCAUCACAGGAAACGAUGACAGCGAAAUUCAGCAGCUUUAUAAUGAUAACAGCUAUGACGUCACCGUGACAAUCAGCAGGAGACGCUGAGAAAGAAAGACCCGAGACAGAGGGAG